GCCUCUUUCUUGCGGGGAAUUGUGCAACUGCAACUUUCUGGGAAGAAAUCAAGUAUUUGUCCGUGGUUUGCUGUCGAAACAUCGGCAUAAGUUUGACUUAUAUUUGGCUGACUUUGUGUAAUUGUUUGGUACUUUUUAAAGAAGGGCUGCUGCGAGCUUGGAAGCCAUGUUUGGCGACCUGUUCGAAGAGAGUGGCGACAGCACCACUACAUCCACAGAGGGCAAGGGGAAAUCCCCCGCCGUGAAAUCCGGCAGUACGUCGCUUCCAUGUCCACCUGCGCCCCGCUUGAAGUGCGGUCUGGCCGGAAUAGACAACCGAGGUGCAACCUGCUACAUGAACGCCCUCCUACAAACGCUGUUGUUGACACCUGAAUUUAGAGAGUCUCUGUUUGCACUCGGGCCGUCAGAACUGGGAGUUUUGGCAGAUCAGAAUAAGCCAGGAGCAAAGGUGCGGGUCAUUCCGAUCCAGCUGCAGAGGUUGUUUGGCCGCUUGCUGCUGCUGGACCAGCAGAGUGCGUCCACCGAGGAGCUGACGGACAGCUUUGGCUGGCAGAACAACGAGGAAUUUCAGCAGCACGACGUACAGGAAUUGAACAGGAUUCUCUUCAGCGCAGUUGAAGAUUCUCUCAUCGGCACCUCGGGCCAAAACUUAAUCUCGCGUCUGUACCACGGCAUCAGUGUAAACAAGAUUACCUGUGAAGUAUGUGGGACAGUCAGUGAAAGAGAGGAAGAUUUUCUCGACCUAACCCUGGCCGUGGCCCACUACUCAGGCAUGGAGGACACCCUCAAGACAUGCUAUGUGGACGUGGAGAGAAUGGAAGGUCGUAACCAGUACCACUGCAGCAGUUGCAACAAGCUGGUGGAUGCCGUCAAGAGUGCCAAGCUCCGAUUGCUACCCCCCAUCCUGACCGUCUCCCUCCUGCGGUUCAGCUUCAACUACCAGAAGUGUGAGCGCUACAAAGAGAUCGGAAAGUACAUCUUCCCGGAGGAAAUGGACAUGUCCCCCUACACGGAAAAGACGGAAGCGAGCGACGAUGCCGUGUACGAGCUGUUUUCGGUGCUGAUACACAGCGGUAGUACACACGGAGGGCACUACCACGCUUACAUCAAGGACAUCGACGGACUUGGCACCUGGACAACUCCGGAGAAAGAGAUAAUCCGGCUUCCGAGCAAGCCCUUGCCGACGCCGGAGGCCAAAGUGGACCUGAUCGAGCUGAGCUCUCCCCAAGAGCUGCUGGCCGCCCUGCUAAGGAAACGCGGCGGCUCAGGCUGCAAGAUGCCAAUCGAUAAGCUCUGCCAGGCCCUCAGUGAAGAGACUGGUGUGUCGUGGAAUAAGAGGUUUAAGAGAAGGUUUGGUUCUGUGACCAAGUUUGUGAAAUCCUGUGAGGAGUUAUUCAGCUUUGACGCCCGCACAAACUCGGUGUGUCUCAAGCCAUCCCUGCAGAAUCUUCCCGUUGCUGCGGCAGUCAGUCAGCUUAGCCUCUCCGACCGGACAAUAUCCAAAAGUGACCCUUGUCUCACUUCCUCCAAACAAAGCAACGUCUGUGAGACGGUUGCCCACUGGCCACACCUCCCGGCAAGCGAGUCUCUGCCCCCCUACGGGAGGAGAGACGAUGACGGAUGCACAUCCGUAAGUGGGGGCGCAGGCGGUGAUGAACCAGCUUGCGGAGCUGUGGACGGAAGCGGUGAUGCGCCGCCCUCUGCUGCCCCGAGCAAGGGAAGCCAAGUCCGAGGAAGAACCGAACAAACUCCCAAAAAUGCCACCCCCAAAAAUUCUCCAAGAAUGAUUCAAGAUUCGGAACCCGAAAAAGAGAAGGGCACAAAGCAAGAUAAACCCAACCAGGUCGCCGAACUCAGGACAGCUGAGAGUCAGAAAAGUACCAGUGGUCCAUGCAGAGACUGCAGAAGCAGAAACUCUGAAGAGGGACUCGUCCAAGACAAAUUGGCAGAACCACCGUCAAAUUCCCCCUGCUUCUGUCAGGCCAACCAGCGUGCAGCCCCAGACAGAGCUCGCUGGUUCGACUUCAACGAUUCCAGGGUCUUCUCCAUCGACGACAAAUCGGAGCUUCCGAGACAAUUCUCCGGCCGGGAAAGCGCCUACAUGCUGUUGUACAGACGCAAAUCCAUGACCAGACGCAAAAAAGACAAAGCGGAUCCUCAUCAUGGCAUGCCGGAGUGGUUGGUGAAGGAGGUCAUGGAGGCUAACCAACGGCUGGCUCAACAGAGGGAAGAAUAUGACAGGGUCACCAACUCUAUAGAGCUGGCGUUGCUGCAGAGCAAUCACUACGAAUACAGGGCCAGUGCUCUGCACAGGAAGCUGAGCAUCGACGGGGAGCCGGUUACCCUCACACUGGACAGGAGACGAUCAGUGGCUGACCUCAAGAUGGAAACCAUCCAGGUUCUUGGAGAGACCGCACUGAACGGCAUGUCAGUCAACAGCCUGCACCUUCACACCGCUCAGGAGCUGCCGGCCGGUCUGCACCUCUACGACUGCAUAUCGGAUGACAAUUCGGCCAUCCUGCAAGAUCUGGGACUCACCAGCGGCACUGCCCUCUUCCUGUGGGAUGGCCACAAGGUGGACGGCAUGCCCCUCAAGACGGGCCCUGCCUGCGCACCGGUCCUGGUCCACCUGACCUACGCCCGGACCCGGGACAACCGGGAGACGGCGGAGACCUCCAGGGGCCUGGCCCGGGAUCUGACGGUGGGGGAACUGCGGGCGCUGCUGAGCACGCAGACCGAGAUCCCCCUGGGCCUGCUGCGGCUCAGCCGGGUGCUGUCGGAGGCGGCCGCGGCAUCAGUCAUCAGACAGGAGGAGGACGGAAAGACUGUGGAGGAGAUGGGGCUGACGGACGGGGAUCGGAUCAUUGCCGAGUUCAAGAGGAGAGGGAAAGCGUCAUCCCUGGCCGAAAACGAAGCUUUACGUCAGAGCCGACUGGUGUGUCUGACUGUGGAGAACCGCUGCCUCUCCGUGCCCCAAGGAACAGACUGGCCGUCGAUACCCGUUGAAGUCGACAAGGACGUGACGGUAGCCGAGCUGAAGGGUGUCGUCAUCUCUCAGCUGAAGCAGUCCGAGGCUCACAUGCUUGAAGUACAGUGUCGCCUCAGGGUGAAUGCAUAUGGCGAUGUCCUUCAGCCGCCAUUGCAGGAGAAUUGCAAGAUUGCGGACGCGGGGAUCAAGGCUGGAGCAGAGGUCAUCCUUGAGCCGGGAGAGCCUCCCAGAGAGAAAGAGAUCACCGUAAGCUUUGCGGUUUGCUGUGAAGGGGGCCAACUCAACCACCAAGAAGUGACUGUUGACAAGAAUUCCACGGUGCAAGAGACUUUGGAGGUGAUGGUGGGUUUAGCUGGUGUGGCAGGGGACCAGUGGCACCUCAGGAAAGCCAACUGGUGCGGCGAGGCGGCAGAGUUUCUGCAGGACCCAGAUGUGACGCUGGACCAAGAGGGCAUCGCCAACGGUGGUUUCUUGCUCUUGGAGGAAGGCCGGCUACCCCCAAAGGGUUUCGUCCGCCUGCCCAUUUGGCUGUACCCGUCCCCUGACAGGGGAGAGGCCACUCCCCCCAGUCCCCAGGCAGAGAUGCUGCAGUGGAUUAACAAUCACAUCAUGAUUGUGAUCUCCAGCAAGUCGUCAAAUCAAGGGGAGAGCUCUGCCCUCGGCCCCGAUCAAUCUCGGCAUGCUGCGCUGGGCAAUGUGGAGCUAUCCCAGGAUGCCACAGCUGACGACCUCAAGAGCCAGAUCCAGACGCUGCCAGCCAUGUCAGAGGUGGCCCUACCCAGCCCCGAGUUCAUCCGGCUCCGACUGGUGGAGGGCGGCACUCUGGGUAGGGUGCUGCGAGACGACAGGCAGACACUGAGGAGGUCAAAGGUCACCAGCGCAUCUCACAUUGCCGUUCAGAUUUUACAGGAGGAAGAGAAGCUUAGCUCAAGUGCAAUAGUCUUAAAUAUAUGCCAAAGGAUUCCAGAGACUCGUACCUAUGGUGGUAAGGAGGAACUGAUUUGGGACACUGCCAAGUCGGCCACCCCGCAGAGCCUUCGACAGGUCAUAGCGGACCGACUGCUGCUGCCGGCUGAACAGAUCGCAAUUGCCAAGCAUCUAAGCCAGAAGUAUGAGUGGCUGGUGAUACAGGACCAGGCGGUGGAGACCAAAACUGGUAAGGGCAGAGGCAAAAGGAAAGGAGGGGGCGGGGUCAAGCCCAGUGUCAGCCUGAAGCAACCCCCCUACAGCCUGAAAGAUGGGGACACCAUAGGCGUCAAGGACCUGAGGUUUCAUCCCCUGGACCAGGAUGACUUCGCCACCGAGGAGGACCUGGCCGGGAAGAAGAGACUGGAGCAGGAAGCCGAAGACAAGAGGAAAAGACGACAAGAACUGAAGGAGAAUAACGCAGCCUGGACCUUUGACGGUCGCCGACCCAAGAAACCGGAAGUGGGGCUAACCAUCCGUGUAGCAGAUUUCAGAUGACCAGCUCCGACUUCCUAGCAUGAACCAUGCAAGCAAUGAGAGGGCUGUGUUGCCCGGGCAACAAGAGCACAUGGAGAGCCCUAUUUGGGAAGUCUGUAUGCUCAUACCAGGGAAAGCCAGUUUCUUUUUUUUCCAUCGGUUCCCUGCCCCACUUUUAUAUUUUCGAUAUUUGCAAGGAAAGUGUGGGAACCAACUAGAAAAUUACCUCACUGGUUUCCAUGUGCUGUUACCGCACAUUAAGAAUCAAUGCAUACCAGGAAAGCAUCCUGCAUUACGAAGUUGUGGCAAACAUGCUCACAGCCAAUUAGGUGCAUGUAUUUGUUCAUGAAUUGUUUAUAAAGCCGUAAUAUAUCAUUAUUUUAUGCUUGCAAUAGUGGUUAACGUAAGCCUCAUCGAAACUCACUGUAUACCACAUAUGUGAAGGUUUUUCCUUAUUUCCAAAUUUGGAGGGAAGUGCGGAGGCGUUGACAAGGGGCCGGACGAGCUUGUGAUCAUAAGGCUAAGUACUGAUGACAUCACAUUUUAUUUACCUGUGCACUUUCCUACAGAGCAGGUGGUGGUGGGGCCCAUGGUCUACUGUGCACCAUUGGAAAGCACACACAUAAACACAGUGCGUUAUUAUUAAUACAGAGCUCUAUGAUGCUAAUUGUUCCUUCCGCUCAUGCAGCCUAUAUACAGUGUGCAGGCGUGUAGGCUUUGUUAGAUCAGUACUUUGUGGGGGGGGGUAUCUUAAUGAUGUUAUCAUCUUGAGGAGUUGAUCUCCAACGAUUGAUUGAAAUGCUGGAUGAACUCCGUAUGUGGUCUGAACUGCUACAAAGUCAUCGGGCAUAAAGUCACAACCGGGAAGAGAACCCGCUAGUUUCCCAGUCUCGACCAGUGCUAUGUAGUGUGGGCUGCAGUUGGGGGCGAUGUUAAGGAUUGGGGGGGGGUCUGGGAUGCCACUCCCCUCUCCCCUACUUUUUAACUUUGGGGUAAUGGCCCCCCUCCCACAUUUGGCUGGUUCUUAUGACGGUCUCAUAAAUGGCCUCUCCAUCCCCCCCACCCUAUGGAAGAUCAUUCUGCCGCUAUUGGUCAGUCGAUCUCCAGUUCUGAUCCCUCUUGUUUCCGCUGUGCCUUUCUGUAAAAUCUGAUCUGAUAUUCUUUGAUCAGCCAAUAGAGGCCAUUAUUUUCUAAUAUGAAUAUGCACAAUUGUUGUAUGCACAUAGAUUUAACUUCUAUCAACAAGGGCAUGGAUUUGUGCCAAAUUAUCCAGUUUCCUUAAACUAGCCUAAAAGUGAAAUUACAAAGAUGCUGUUAACAGGAGAUUAGGGCUGGAUGUGUCCUCAAACUAGGAGUGCUACUUAUUUUUUGUUGCAUAUCACAUACUGGCCAGACGUACGUUUAGGUGGUUCCAUUUUUGCAUUACUUCCUACGUUUCUAUAUUCUUGACUGUUAAUGUUCUCACGUGGAGGCAUUGUAGCUACAUAUAAAGUACGAACCCAGAAGUUUGGGACAACUUUUACAAAACUCUGCAAAAGUCUGCAAAAUUGGCCGUGUUCAUGUGUCGGCCAUCUUGAUUUGAAAGUGAGGUAAAGCUUUUCAAUUCAAGUACAAAUUAAUCCCAGUUGUUUGUGCUGAAUAAUUUAAAAUGCGUGAUAAACUGUGUCUAAAUGUUUUAAGCCGCAUUUAAAAAAAAAAUGAAAGUGAGGUUUGGAACUCAAAAUAGUCGGGCACCACUCCAUUUAACAGAUUCCAUUGAAUAUGAUAGAUUCAGGGAACAAGAUGUUUAAAAAUGGCCUCCCCACGAGUAAGGUCCAUUACAAUAACAUCGCACAGUCUUAGGAUAGUAGAAAGAAACUAGUGCACAGAAGUUGAGAGUAACUGGAGAAAUAAAUGAAGUAGGCAGAGGAAAGGGGAGGAGUGAAGGAUUAUUAGCAUGAAGGAUAGUACUAGCCCCUCCCCUUGAAAAUAAUGCAAAUAUAUGGUGAUUUUGUUGGUGCGUACUAUGGAACAUUACUAUGUCACCGAGACAACAUGGAAUGAUGUGCCCGUAUAGUAAUAGCAGGUGAAAAUUGAGAGCUCUGAUCAAUAUUGAAUUUCAUUAUUUCACAAGGUACAUUUUAUUCAUUGGGUACACAUGACAGCAGUUGGGAAUAUUUAUGGUGAGAAAUUCACCACUUUUACUAUCAUGUUGGCUAUUGUUGCAUUAACAGAUACCUACCAAAGGAAGGUUUCCUAGUAAAAUUUAAAAAAAUACGAUAAUUUGAAUAUUUUGACAGCUUUUUCGCUAGAAAACAAAAAUGCAAACCAGUAAUUUUAGUUCCAGAAGUCACUUUGUUGUAUGAAAUUGAUGAAUAAAUCAAGAGACUUGUUUUGUAAUUUAA